AUGAUCCUAAGGCCGCUACUUAUUCUGCUGGUUGUCUGCUUUACCGCUGCUGCCAGCGCAGCACCUGCGUUCCCGCCGCUCAGCGGGCGUGUUGUCGAUGAAGCUAACAUGCUCUCACCUGAUGCGGAGCGGCGCAUAGCCGCGCUGAGCGAGGCGCAUGAAACAGCAUCUACCAAUCAGGUGGUGGUCGCGACGUUUAUCGAUCUGCAAGGCUACUCUAUCGAGGAAUUUGGCUACCAACUCGGGCGGGUCUGGGGCAUAGGCCAGGCGGAUAAAAACAACGGCGUGUUAUUGAUUGUCGCGAAAGCGGAACGCAAAGUACGCAUAGAAGUGGGUUAUGGUCUGGAGGGUGAACUCACAGAUGCGAUUGCGAGCAAUAUCAUCAAUGUGGUUAUUACCCCCAGUUUCAAACGCGCCCAGUUUGAUCAGGGCGUAGUAGCCGGCACACAAGCCAUCAUCGCAGCCCUGGGUGGCGAGUACCAAACUACCCAAACCCAGGACGGGCGUGAAGACAAAGAGUUCUCACUGUGGAAUCUCCUGGCGCUGAUUGCCAGCGAGGUAGCGGCGGCCAUAGCCGAAGUUGAAGCGCAGACCGAUGCAGAACUGGUCACGGUGCUGGCUAAACAGGCUGACGAUUAUCGCUAUAUCCCUACCUUAUGGGCAGCGCUGAUAGCGCUUGUCAGCCCGGGACUAUUUCUGAUUACUCCUUUCUGGCUUGAUGUCUCCGAUCUGCUGAUCCUGCAGCUGGUUACUUUUUUUGUGUUUGCUUUACUGUUACGCAUACCCAUGGUGCUACGCAGAAUCAUUCCUAAGUCUGUCAAACGUUGGCGAGCUGCCAAUAUGGCGCGCAGGUGUUUUCUGGAAAACAAUCUGCACCACACAAAAGGCGAGUCCGGAUUGCUGAUAUUUGUUGCCGAAACCGAACACUACGUGGAGAUUCUGGCAGACAGGGGCGUUAACAAACAUAUCGACGUCAAUCAGUGGCAAUCUAUCGUGGAUGAGUUCACUGGUAAACUACACAACAAGCAGACGCUUGCUGGCUUUUUAGGUGCGAUAAGUCAAUGUGGUGAUAUCCUCAUAGAACACCUGCCAGCCACCGAGCAGAAGAACGAACUGCCGAAUCAUCUGAUUAUUAUCGAGUAG